AUGGACAAGACACAAAUACGCCAAGCCUCGACCACAACAGUUUUAGUGACAGCCCUGACGGAGAAGACACAGAGAGCCAAAGUCCUUACCACAACAAAUAUAGUGUCAACCAUGACGGACCAGACACAGAUAGGCCAAGCCCUGAGCAAGACAGGUAUAGUGGCAACACUGACGGACCAGACACAGAGGCCAAGCUCUGACCACAACAGGUAUAGUGACAACCCUAAUGGACCAUACACAGAUAGGCCAAGCCCUGACCACAACAGGUGUAGUGACAACUUUGAUGGACCAGACGCAGAUAGGCCAAGCCCUGACCACAACAGUUGUAGUGACAACCGCGACAGACCAGACACAGAUAGGCCAAGCCCUGACCACAACAGGUAUAGCGACAGCGAUGACGUACCAGACACAGAUAGGCCAAGCCCUGGCAACAACAGGUAUAGUGACGACCUCGAAGGACCAGACACAGAGAGGCCAAGCUCUGACCACAACACGUAUAAUGGAAACCCUGAAGGACCAGAUACAGAUAGUUCAAGCCCUGACCACAACAGGUGUAGUGACAACCGCGACAGACCAGACACAGAUAGGCCAAGCCCUGACAACAACAGGUGUAGUGACAACUUUGAUGGACCAGACACAGAUAGGCCAAGCCCUGACCACAACAGUUGUAGUGACAACCGCGACAGACCAGACACAGAUAGGCCAAACCCUGACCACAACAGGUGUAGUUACAACUUUGAUGGACCAGACACAGAUAGGCCAAGCCCUGACCACAACAGUUGUAGUGACAACCGCGACAGACCAGACACAGAUAGGCCAAACCCUGACCACAACAGGUAUAGCGACAGCGAUGACGGACCAGACACAGAUAGGCCAAGCCCUGACAACAACAGGUAUAGUGACGACCUCGAAGGACCAGACACAGAGAGGCCAAGCUCUGACCACAACACGUAUAAUGGAAACCCUAAAGGACCAGAUACAGAUAGUUCAAGCCCUGACCACAACAGGUGUAGUGACAACCGCGACAGACCAGACACAGAUAGGCCAAGCCCUAACAACAACAGGUAUAUUGGCAACACUGACGGACCAGACACAGAUAGGCCAAGCCCUGACUACUACAGGUAUAGUGACAACCCUGACGGACCAGACACAGAGAGGCUAAGCUCUGACCACAGCAGGUAUAGUGGCAACCCUAAUGGACCAGUCACAGAUAAGCCAAGCUCUGACCUCAACAGAUAUAGUGACUACCCUGAUGGACCAGACACAGAUAGGCCAAGCCCUGACCAAAACAGGUGUAGUAUAGUGUCAACCCUGACGGACCACACACAGAUAGGCCUAGCCCUGAGCAAGACAGGUAUAGUGGCAACACUGACGGACCAGACACAGAGGCCAAGCUCUGACAACAACAGGUAUAGUGACAACCCUAAUGGACCAUACACAGAUAGGCCAAGCCCUGACCACAACAGGUGUAGUGACAACUUUGAUGGACCAGACACAGAUAGGCCAAGCCCUGACCACAAUAAUUGUAGUGACAACCGCGACAGACCAGACACAGAUAGGCCAAGCCCUGACCACAACAGGUAUAGCGACAGCGAUGACGGACCAGACACAGAUAGGCCAAGCCCUGGCAACAACAGGUAUAGUGACGACCUCGAAGGACCAGACACAGAGAGGCCAAGCUCUGACCACAACACGUAUAAUGGAAACCCUGAAGGACCAGAUACAGAUAGUUCAAGCCCUGACCACAACAGGUGUAGUGACAACCGCGACAGACCAGACACAGAUAGGCCAAGCCCUGACAACAACAGGUAUAGUGACAGCCAUGACGGACCAGACACAGACAGGCCAAGCCCUGACCACAACAGGUGUAGUUACAACCUUGAUGGACCAGACACAGAUAGGCCAAGCCCUGACCACAACAGUUGUAGUGACAACCGCGACAGACCAGACACAGAUAGGCCAAGCUCUGACCACAACAGGUAUAGCGACAGCGAUGACGGACCAGACACAGAUAGGCCAAGCCCUGACAACAACAGGUAUAGUGACGACCUCGAAGGACCAGACACAGAGAGGCCAAGCUCUGACCACAACACGUAUAAUGGAAACCCUGAAGGACCAGAUACAGAUAGUUCAAGCCCUGACCACAACAGGUGUGGUGACAACCGCGACAGACCAGACACAGAUAGGCCAAGCCCUGACCACAACAGGUAUAUUGGCAACACUGACGGACCAGACACAGAUAGGCCAAGCCCUGACUACUACAGGUAUAGUGACAACCCUGACGGACCAGACACAGAGAGGCUAAGCUCUGACCACAGCAGGUAUAGUGGCAACCCUAAUGGACCAGUCACAGAUACACCAAGCUCUGACCUCAACAGAUAUAGUGACUACCCUGAUGGACCAGACACAGAUAGGCCAAGCCCUGACCAAAACAGGUGUAGUGAGAACCGCGACAGAACAGACACAGAUAGGCCAAGCUGUGACCACAACAGUUUUAGUGACAACCCUGGCGGACAAGACACAGAGAUCCCAAGUUCUUACAACAACAGGUAUAGUGUCAACCCUGACGGACCACACACAGAUAGGCCAAGCCCUGACCACAACAGGUAUAGUGUCAACCCUGAUGGACCAGACAGAGAUAGGCCAAGCUGUGAACACAACAGGUAUAAUGACAACCCUGACGAACCAGACACAGAGGCCAAGCUCUGA